AGUAUAUGAACCCCUGCGCCUCCAUUUCUCGUUCAUUCUUCUCUUGCACGCCCACCCUCACCUAGUUACUCUAAAAAUGGCAUCUACAGCUCAGUCCCAGUCCCAAGCUCCUGAAAUUAGGGCUUUAAACCGCGUUGUCUCUAUUCCUCUGGUUGCGUCUUCACUUGACCAGAUAAACACCAUCCUCGAGCAACACAGGCUCACCCGCUCGCCGUAUCACGUCGCCCAAACACUCACCAAUACCGCUUAUAACUACUCCCAACCUAUUCAGAUUCGUCUUGCCCCACUCAUCGUCCGUGCAGACGGUAUCGCCAACAAGGGCCUCGAUGCAGUUGAGUCGAGGUGUCCUUACGUAUUCCAGGCCAAGCCUGAGGAGGUGGCUAGUUACGUGCGGGAAACUGCGACAAAGACGUUCGACAAUGUCAAAUCUCCUGCGGUUGGCGUUGCAGAGGGUCUUGACAAGAAAUUCACACCAGUCGUUGACCUCAUCGAGAAAUUCGCUGUCAAUAUGGGCAGUGAAUCGGGCACUUCGUCACCCUCGUCUUCCUCUUCCGACUCCCAGUACCAGUACCAGCGCGUACUCAACCUUUCCAAGCACUUCAAGGACAAUUUAUACGUCUAUUCGGCAGAGCACCUUAAACAAGUGCAACAGCAAAGUGUCCUAGUUCAACGCGCUACCGACACCGCCAACGCAAUCUCCACUCUCGCCUCUAACCAGAUCAACAAUGCCCAAAAUCGCUUCUACACUCUUGGUGAGAACCUGGUCUCCGAGCUGCAGAAAGUCCAGCAGUCCACUGCCCAGCUCCCACAGACCUUGCAGGCUACAUAUCCUGACGUCUCCAAGACCGUCACUGACUUGCGUAACAUCAUCACGAACCCUGAUAUGCAAUUCCCCGAGAAGUUCAAUCGUGUAGGCAGAGAGGUCAAGGAGCGCGUGUCUCCGCUGCUUGAGAAGCUCACACAACGGAUUGGCGAGUUAGUCAACGCUCUUAGCUCGAAGACGGAAGAGGCCAACGGCGCUGCUCAAGCGAACGCGCCGAACGUUGGCAAUGGACCGUCCUAGGCGAAUCAGUUAACACUGAGAUUCAAAACUUUUACGAGCUUUCUUUUUGUCUUUAUCAUUAUCACGUUCUUCGUUCUCGUUAUGGCUGAUAGAAAUUCGAAUAGACUAGAGAUUCUCAUUCCUCGACACUGGUUCACGCAUGCAUGCAUUCAUUGUUGUAUCUUCCGUUCACGUUGUAGUUGUAUUCGAAGCUUCCGGUUAUUUUUUUCGUUCGGGCAAAUCACAGA